AUGGAAGGACGUGGUCUUACUUUAAGGAGCAAGUCUCGACGCCGGCGCCCUCAAAUCAGCGCCCCCAAACCCAUCUCCGGUCCUCUCCCUCAAAACACCAGAUCGCCAGAAGAGCCGGUCCCCACCCGUGAGCGGGCGCCACAAAGCGAUGCGACUUCGGACUUGGUCAAGCGGCGAUAUUCAACUCGAUUUGCUGCCCCCGAGUUUGAUGCUAGUGCUCCCCCUGUCCCGGCACUACCACCUCAAGUACCCGGCGGACCUGGUGGGCUAGCACCACCAUCGGUUUCGGGGCAGCCAUCACCGGCAGAUUCCAAAUCGCCAGCGCCGACAGUUGACCUCAACGCUCUGCGGGAUCCUAGUCUCCCAGUUGAUCGAUAUGUGGCCAGCCUACUUGCCAACGCAUCGGAGGAGGAGAUCCAAAAGUACCAAGAGAGCCUUCGCAAGGUGAAGAAUCGCACUUCCACCGACCUCCAACAGAAUGUGUACCAGAACCGUACUCAAUUCAUUAAAAUCAGUAAAGAGGCGGAGAAGCUCAAGGACGAGAUGCGAACCCUUCGUACCCUCAUGGCGGAACUCACCACGGCGCUCGGACAAACAAGUGUGGGCAAUACGCCCAAUCCUAUGUCCCCGAUGGAAGAUUCUUUCCCGAAACGUAACGCCAAUCGCAGCUCAGUGGCCAACUUGGAGAGCAUGUGGAGUGUACAACUACAGACAUUGUGGAAGACAGUGGAAGGCUCGCAGAAGUGGCUUCCAGCUGUUCCAGGACGACACAUCGUUUUGGAAACUGGUAAUUGGGUCGAGCUGGACUCGGCCACAUGGAAGCCAAGACGUGUCGUUCACAUCGUUUUGUUGAACGACCAUCUACUUGUGGCUUCCAAGAAACGCAUGCGUGUUGAACAGAGCAACAACAAUCACCGAGGGCCUGUUCCGACCAGGCUAGUUGCAGAGUCCUGUUGGCCUCUAAGCGACAUUGACAUGAUCGAUCUGGCGGCUAACCUAGGGACUGGCGCGGCUCGCGAGGAAGCCAUGGAUCGGGGAAUUGCGAGAUCCCUCAGUAUUCGUGUGGGAUCCAAGCCUUUCACAUACCGCCAUGAAAGCACAUCGGCUAAGCAGGAACUGCUGGCAACUUUCCGCAAGACUGUUGAAGACCUGCGCCGAAAUAUGCGAUCGGAAACCGAGGCGGCGAGCAAGCCUUUGGAAACAUACGGAUAUCUCGCCAACAGGCACCUUUCUCACACGAAGAAUCGGGAGUCCUUAGAUCUGAAUGAUACACCGCGCGACAAGUCCGAUCUGCGCAUUGACGUUGACGGGAAACAACAGAACCUUCGAUGGGUCGAAGGGCAGGUUGACGAGCUUGAUAUCGACAUCGCCCUGCAACGAUUUGAAGCAUCCGUGCAUAGCAUUGAACGGUUACGCAAAUUGGCCAAGGGGCUGAAGGGGAACAGCAUCGCACAGGAUGUUAUCAAUGUCAAGGUUGAUGGGCGCGCAACACGGCUGGCUGGGAUCCUUUCGCGGGCACUGGUGGACAAACACUCAUUUCCGGCAGCCACAAAGACUCACGUUACUUGGCUGGCUCGGCUAGGCUUUGAAGACCAGGCCCGUGAAACAUACCUGAAGGCACGAUCUGAUGUGAUUGCUCAACGCAUCCGCGCCUGUAUCUUCGAAGGCGAUCUACCUCUUUACAUCUUCCAGAUCUCCUACGUCUAUUUCACUCUGAUCAAGAACACCAUUGGAAUAUAUCAACAAUGUUUCCCCAGUGCGAUGAGCAGUUCCUGCAUUCGCUGGGCCAAGCACCAUCUUGACGGAUUCAAUUCCCUGCUCAAUCGGCAACUCAGCAGCGUGCAACGCGGUACAUCUGUCUGGCAGAAAUGUCUUGACAUUGUGCAUGAACAUGCCGCUUUGCUGAUGGAGGUUGGCGUGGACUUUACCGAUUUGGUAGCUCGUGGGUUAGAAGAGAACGCCGAUGGUUCCUUGGAUGGGCCACGUACCGUCCAGCCCGGCGAGUUGGCACCAACCCCAUCGCCGGCGGAUAUGCUGUGA